AUGUUAAAGAAACGAGAAAUGACAGGUCUCGUAUUCAUGACCGUAUCAGCUCUCGGUUUCUCUACAAUGUCUCUGUUUGUCAAGUUGAGUGGCGCCAACUUUCCCUCUUUUGAAAUUGUUCUCGCUCGUUCCAUAGUGCAGACUAUUUUAGGUUUCAUAGGUUGUGCUUUAUUGAAGGUGUACCCAUGGGGUCAGAAAGGUGUACGUCGAUGGAUUUUUCUUAGAGGAUUAGCAGGCACUUUAGGUCUUUCUAUGUUCUUUUAUAGUAUUACGCAAUUACCGUUAGCAGAUGCGACAGUUGUCUUUUUCUUGGGCCCUGCUUUCACUGCUAUUGGUGCUGCUAUUGUUUUGGGUGAAGAAUUUACAGUGUUUGAUGGAUUUUGUUCUUUUGCUUGUAUGGCUGGCGUGAUACUCGUGUCAAAACCUCAAUUUUUAUUCAGUGGCAAUGAUCAAAACGAGGUCGUCGGUAAUGGCAUCAGUUCAGCAGAUGGCCCUAGUGAACUGAAACGCUUGUUUGCCAUUUCCUGUGCUUUACUAGGGGCUAUGAUGUCGGCUGUCGCUUAUGUUAUUGUACGUAAAAUCGGUCGUGGUGCUCAUUACAUGGUUCACGUUAUUUAUUUUGGCUGUGUGUCCAUUGCCGUGUCUACUAUCGGCAUGUUUGCUUUCCAAAAGCCUAUUAUGCCACAUGACUGGAACGAAUAUCUAAUGUUGAUUCUCGUUGGCUUUUUUGCUUUUAUCGGUCAAUGCUUUUUGAACCAAGGCUUGCAAAUGGCACCUGCUGGUCCAGGCACCCUUAUGAGAAUGAAUGAUGUCGUUUUUGCCUUUUUAUUUGGUAUCUUCUUUUUGCAUGAGUAUCCUGAUGCUUACAGCAUUUCGGGCGCAACCAUCAUUGUAGUCAUGACAUCAGCUAUGGGAAUUCAUAAGGUGUACUCCCACUCCAAAAAAUAG